AUGACACAGAUUCCAAUUGAUGAUGAUGAAAAAGCCAUGACGGAAGGAUCACCCAAAGAAGGAGGGAGAGGACCAAGUGUUUAUGAUGUCGCCAUGGAAAAGUUCCCAGGAAGACAGAUUUUGAAGGACAUUGGUUUAAAUUCUUACAGAUUUUCCAUCUCCUGGAGUAGGAUUCUGCCCAAGGGAACCUUGAGUGGUGGGGUGAACCAAGAAGGUAUCGAUCACUACAGCAAUUUGAUUGAUGAAUUAUUAAAAAAUGGAAUCAAGCCCUUUGUUUCCCUUUUGCACUUUGACUUGCCACAAGGCCUGGAAGACAAAUAUAUGAGCCUCUUAUGUCGCUCGUUUAUUGAUGAUUUCAAGGAUUAUAGUAAAAUAUGUUUCAAAAAUUUUGGAGACAGAGUUAAAAAGUGGAUGACAUUCAAUGAACCAUCAGGUAUGGCAGGAAGGGGGUACGAGUUUGGCAUUGCACCACCGUUCAGGUGUUCCUAUCCAGCAAAACCAUAUAUGGGUGGAAACUCAUCCACAGAACCUUACAUAGUAGGCCAUAACAUUAUUCUUGCCCAUGCUGCUGCUGUGAGGCUCUACAGAGAGAAAUACCAGGUGAACCACAUGUCAGAAUUUGGAAUGGUUCUUGAAGCAAGUUACUUUAAGCCUAACACAAGUUCAGUGGAAGAUAAAGCUGCAGCACAAAGAAGCAGGGACUUCCUCAUAGGAUGGUACGCAGAGCCUUUGAUAUUUGGAGACUAUCCAAAAAGCAUGGGAGAUUUGGUGAAGAAGAGGCUACCCAUUUUUUCUGAGGAAGAGAAAAAGAUGAUCAAGGGAACCAUGGAUUUCAUUGGCAUCAAUUAUUAUACCUCAACUUAUGCUGCUAAUGCUCCUCCACCAAAACAAUAUCCUUCCCAUAGUGUGGAUUUAUUAUUAACUACCAACUCUACCAGAAAUGGAGUUCCCAUUGGUCCUUUGGCUCCAGGGAGCGGUUUUGUUUACAUUUAUCCACAAGUGCUACAGAAACUUUUGGAGAAUUUGAAGAAAAGAUACCAAAAUCCUAAGAUCUACAUUACAGAAAAUGCAACUACUUCACCAGCUGGUUCACCAGCCGGCUCUCCCUCAGGAUCACCAAAAUCUUCAGCAAUUGCUUCACCAAGUGGCUCUCCCGUGGGAUCACCAGGACCUUCAGGAACUGGAGCUAAUGCUAAGUCAUCAGCCGGAAGUUCCAUCAAGUUGUCAAUUUCUCAUCUCUUUUUCCAUACAUGUGCUGCAACAGUUGCUUCAACCUUCACAACAUACUGA